AUGCUUUUGAAUUUUGGAUUUGGCACUUCAUAUAACGGCGUCGUCUCUUGCGCUGACGUGCUCACUUUAGCCGCACGCGACGCCUCUGCUGCUGUUGGUGGACCAUCAUGGAGCGUGAAACUGGGAAGAAGAGAUUCCACCACAGCUAGCCGCGAUGUGGCCAACACCGAUCUCCCGAGUCCAUUUUCCGGCCUUCAAGUUCUUAUUGACGCUUUCGACAAGAAGGGUCUUAAUGCAAGAGACAUGGUUGCUCUAUCUGGAGCGCACACAUUAGGGCAAUCCCAAUGCUUCUUGUUCCGUGAAAGAAUAUACAGCAACGGCACUGACAUUGAUGCCGGCUUCGCCAGCACCAGGAGGCGGGGCUGCCCUCAGACCGGCGGCGACAGCAACUUGGCGGCGUUGGAUUUGGUGACGCCGAAUUCAUUCGACAACAACUACUUCAGGAAUUUGGUGCAGAGGAAGGGACUGCUGCAGUCCGAUCAAGUUCUCUUCACCGGAUCUACGGCCUCCAUCGUGUCUCAGUACAGUAGAAAUCCGAGGACUUUCGCUGCCGAUUUUGCGACCGCAAUGAUCAAGAUGUCGGAGAUUGAGCCAACUCUCGGACAAAAUGGAAUCAUAAGAAGGGUUUGCAGCGCCAUCAACUCAUAA